AUGGAGAUGCCAGACGGGACGACCGAUGUCGUCCAUCCCGAAGUUCGGGCACACAUCAACAGUCUCGUUUCGGCUCUUGGUGGAACGGGAUCGUCCGAAGAUGGAUCAUACAGACUCGGUGACGACGCUACCGAAGUCCUUCGCGACCUCAAGAAAUGGAUUCGAUUUUACGACGAGAAGACGAACCGCAUGGAUGUCGCCCGCUGCAUCUCGGAAGCAAACCUCGUUGAGGGCGAUCUCCUCCCGAUUCUCGCGGGGUGGCCUGAGAGUGCCACCGACAACAAAUUUAGGGCGCGAAUUGCUCUUGCAUGUAUCGAGAUGCUGGUGCCCAUCACCUGGCCCUUGGAAAAAGACCCCGAGCGAAUGACCAACAACCACCACCGACACAUGCCUGUCCUCGAACUCGCCCAAUUGGGCUACAAGCGAGCAAUCAUCAACUACGACGCAGCUCAGAUCCUCCAUACCGCAGUCCGCGUCGCUCUCCCAGCAAUGGCCACUCCGAUUGGCGACCGUACACCCCGCGAUCAGGGCAUCAUCAAGCUUGCCCUUUUCUUUCUGCGUAACAUCGCCAUGAUUGCCCCAUCGCCAGGCAUCAAGUUCGACGGCGACGAAACCAUGAUAUCCCGUUCCACGACGAUCGACGCAUUCUCCUUUCAGGACAUCUUCAUGGUUCUUCUGAUGUUUGCAUCAAAUAUGGGGGAGGACUUCAGGACUGAGGAUGUCACUGUGAUGGAAAUCAUCUUCCACUUGGUCAAGCAGGUUGACGUCAAGAAGCUGUUCAUGGACGAACAGCAAUUGAACAAGACCAAGGCUAAGGAGCUAUCGGUGAUGAUGAGCAAAGAGAACGCUAUGCGCAAUUCGUACAACAAAAAGGCACCGACACGUCACAAUCGGUUCGGCACCAUGGUUUGGAUGCAGCGCGAAGACGGAAAGGUAUCUACGCUCGUUGGCCAAGACGCGCUCGCAGAUGCUGCAACUCGGCAGCAGAAGCUUGACGAGUCGAAGAAAUUCCGACCGCCGCGGAGGUCGAAGAAGGAGGAGACCGAUGCCAAAGACAUGGGCGCUCCCGUGAAGCUUAAUGCGAGAGCCAACAAGCAGCUUCGGACUUUUGUCGAGGACUUUCUCGAUGCAGGCUUCAACCCUCUUUUUGAGCAUGUCCGCAAGUCUCUGGAACGAGAGGCGUCACACGUUCUCGGCUACCACCGAAGACAGUUCUUUUAUCUAGUCGCAUGGUUUUUGGAGGCUGAAAGGGCUCGCAGGAAAUCAAAACGUGACGCAAAGAAGCCGAAUGCUCCUGACGAGGUUAGCAGUUUCAACCUCGUUGCCGGAGUGCUGCACCAAGAAAUGUUCAUCAUUCUGAUCAAGACCAUGCACGACUCCUGGGAACACAAGGAGUGGCCGACAUUGACAGCCGCGUUCCGGUGCUUCACCCAGAUUCUUCUCACAGUUCAGGAAAUGUCCGAAUCUGGAAAUGAAGAUGACGAGGAGAUUGCCGAGAACAUUCUCAGCCGUCUCUUCUACGAAGACUCUACACACGACUUGAUUGCCAACGUCGUCAGGCAAUACAAGGACCAGGGCUUCGAAUAUCUCGACUCUGCCACAGAACUCACACAUCACUUCUUGCGCAUCCUAGAGGCGUACUCGAAGCAAAAUGUUGACAUGCAGGUCCGAUCUCGUAAGCGUACAAGGAAGAAGAAGAAGGCGGCUGAGGAUGCUGCUGGCGUAGAAGGUGCAGGAGACGAGGGAGACGAGUCCGCUAAUGACGAAGCCAAUGCGGAGCGUGAGUCAAAAGAGCGUAAGUUCGACUUCCACCGAUUCACAUCCAGAUUCACGCCUCAGGGAGUCGUCGAUACAUUCGUCGCCUUCACCAAAUACUACCGAGAUCUCGAUGAUGCUCAACUCAAGCGUGCUCAUCGCUACUUUUACCGUCUCGCGUUCAAACAAGAGAUGAGCGUCAUGUUGUUCCGCGUUGACAUCAUCCAUCUCUUCCAUGGCAUGAUCAAGGGCCCGGAACCUCUCAACAAGAGCUCCGGAAUGUACAAGGAGUGGGAAGAACUCUCUAAGCAGAUCAUCCGAAAGUGCAUCAAGAAGAUCGAUGAGCGGCCAGAGCUUAUCAUUGAGAUGCUCUUCUCCAAGAUCAACAGCACGGCUCACUACCUCGAGUUCGGCUAUGAGAAGCAGACGAUCUCUCUGUCGCACGCAAAACCCGCCGCAGAACUCGAAUUCAAGUACACGGAAGACAGGGAGCAGCAGAUUGCUAUCGUCGUUGGCGUCUUGCUUGACAAGAACCAAGCUGAUCACAUCGCUUGGGUCAAGAAAACGCUCGAGACAGUCGAAAGCGAACGCCGUGCCUGGGCAGCAGCAAACGAGAUCAUACCGUCGGUUGAAGGCACUGAUAUGCUGCCGGAGAGUGGCGCACCUAACGACCAGGCCCUGCCUGAUGUCUUCACUGUACGUCCGGAUGACGACUCUCGCAAGACGGCAAUGUUCAAGAACUCCCACUUGCGUCUUCUUAUGAAACUGGUUGGUAUGGAAAGGCUUGCCCCAAUGCUUGAUGAGACAUCACAGUCUCUUUGGGUACUGCCUCCUCCUGUCACCGCGGACCACUUGCGUGAGAGCCUCGAGUUCAUCAACAAGGCUGAAUUUAGUCCGCCAACCUUUGACGAUGGUCGGUCCGCCGAAGAUCAGCUUCGGCGCAAGAAGGCGCCACGAAAACGCGUGGAGUAUGAUGACGAUGACGACGACGACAUGUUCGAUGACGGCCCGCUGUUCGAGCCCCUUGGCCCGACAGUUCACAAAGCGAUCGACGCGCCUGCCAAGAAGACGAAGAAGAGACGCCGCAGAAAGGCGACCGAGGACGAGGAGGCGCCCAAUGACUCGGAACUCGAAGAAAAGGCCAGGAAACGCCGGGACCGUGAGAGGGAGAAGAUGAGAAAGAUCAAGAGUGAAGCGUAUGUGCGCGCUAGCGAUGACGAGACGGACGAGGAGUACGAUCGCGAGUUCUUCAUUCGUGAAGAGGCUCAGAGGUCGCGCGUAGCCAAGGUUGCGGAAAAGGUGGUCGCAGAGGUUUCCCAGACCACAAAGCGGGCAGCUGCGAUGCAGCUAGAUGACAGCGAUGACAACGACGAUGACGUCCUGGCCAUUACAAGAGGCACGCCACAGUCAACUAGGCCCAGCGCUGAUGUGGAAAUGGACGAUGGAAGUGGGGAGGAGGACAACCACACUCCGCUGACGUCGAGUCCGGGUUCGUCGCAAAGUAAGAAUGGAAGGAAACGGAGAAAGCUGUCUCCAGAGGCUUCUGCCACGGCAGAGGCUGAUAAGGAAAAGGGGGCGGACGCUGAUACUGAAGAUGAUGAUGUUCCGGCGACCGCGGCGAGGUCAAGGAAACGUACUAGGGGCGGUUUUGUAAUGGAUAGCAGUGACGAGGAAUAA